CCAGUCUGCAAGCAAAGAUCAUGGCACCGUCUGGGGGGAGAUUAUUCCAGGCAGUUAUUAGAGGCUUCAGAGAUCCUGCCGAGGUGGCGGCUGCUAGAGAAGAGGAUGUGUUGGCAUGGUCAUGCAGGUGGAGGGCUUCACACGGAUCCAAAGGAAGGGCUGAAGGAGAUAGAUGCCAAAAAGAUUAUCAGAGCGAUGUUGUCUUACGUGUGGCCCAAAGACAGACCAGACCUGCGAGCCAGAGUGGCCAUAUCUCUGGGGUUUUUGGCAAGUGCAAAGGCCAUGAAUAUAUUGGUUCCCUUCAUGUUUAAAUAUGCAGUAGACAACCUCAACCAGGUCUCUGGGAAUGUCCUCAACCUCAGCGCUGCGCCGAAUACAGUGGCCACUGUGGCAACGGCUGUUCUCAUCGGCUAUGGUAUCUCAAGAGCUGGGGCAGCCUUGUUUAAUGAAGCUAGAAAUGCAGUAUUUGGGAAAGUAGCACAAAAUUCAAUCCGAAGGAUAGCGAAGAAUGUUUUUCUGCACCUUCACAACCUGGAUUUGGCGUUCCAUCUAAGCAGGCAAACCGGAGCUCUGUCAAAAACCAUCGACAGAGGAACAAGAGGCAUCAGUUUUGUUCUUAGUGCUUUGGUAUUUAAUUUGGGGCCUACGAUGUUUGAAGUGGCGCUAGUCAGUGGAAUUCUGUAUUACAAAUGCGGUGCCGAGUUUGCGUUAGUAACCCUGGGGACGCUAGGAGCCUACGCAGCGUUCACGAUAGGAAUUACACAGUGGAGGACGAAGUUUCGGAUAGAAAUGAACAAAGCGGAUAACGAUGCAGGCAACGCUGCGAUCGACUCGCUACUAAAUUAUGAGACUGUGAAGUAUUUCAAUAAUGAAAAAUAUGAAGCCCAACGGUAUGAUGAAUUCUUGAAGACAUAUGAAAACGCCUCCCUGAAGACUACCUCGACGUUGGCUCUCCUGAACUUUGGGCAGAGCGCGAUAUUUAGCAUUGGCUUAACGGCCAUCAUGGUGCUCGCGAGCCAGGGCAUUGUUGCAGGCAGCCUUUCUGUUGGAGAUCUAGUAAUGGUGAAUGGAUUGCUCUUCCAGCUUUCUCUUCCCCUCAACUUCCUGGGAACAGUGUACAGAGAGACGAGACAAGCCCUUAUCGAUAUGAAUACCUUGUUUACACUUCUCAGCGUAGAUACUAAAAUCAAAGACAAAGAGCUGGCUCCACCCCUGCAGAUCACACCACAGACUGCUGCCAUCGCCUUUGAUAAUGUGCAUUUUGAAUACCUGGAGGGACAGAAAGUCCUUGCUGGAGUGUCUUUUGAAGUCCCCGCAGGAAAAAAAGUGGCCAUUGUAGGAGGUAGUGGGUCAGGGAAAAGCACAAUUGUGAGAUUAUUAUUUCGUUUCUAUGAACCUCAGAAAGGAAAUAUUUACAUUGCUGGCCAGAACAUACAAGAUGUCAGUUUGGAAAGCCUGAGGAAGGCAAUAGGAGUUGUACCGCAGGAUGCUGUUCUCUUCCACAAUACGAUCUAUUACAAUCUGCUCUACGGCAAUACCGGUGCGACGCCAGAAGAGGUGUACGCGGUAGCAAAACUGGCAGGAAUCCACGACGCUAUUCUUCGAAUGCCAAAUGGUUACAACACUCAGGUUGGAGAACGAGGACUCAAGCUCUCGGGAGGAGAAAAGCAAAGAGUUGCGAUUGCCAGAGCAAUGUUAAAGGAACCACUUAUUUUUCUCUAUGAUGAAGCCACAUCAUCUUUAGAUUCAAUUACAGAAGAGAAUAUUCUCAGUGCCAUGAGGAACAUGGUGAAGCACCGAACGUCGGUUUUCAUUGCUCACAGGUUGUCCACAGUCGUCGAUGCGGAUGAGAUCAUCGUGCUGGAUCAGGGGAAAGUUGCGGAACGCGGUAGACACGCAGACCUCCUUGCAAGUCCUAACAACCUCUACUCCGAAAUGUGGCACACGCAGAGCAGCAAAGUACUGAAUAGUCAUAACAAUCCCCGUUGGGAAGAGAGAAAUAGUCGGAUGUCCAAAGAGGAGGAAAGGAAGAAACUAGAAGAGGAAGUUAUGAAUAGCGUGAAAGGCUGUGGAAACUGCUCGUGCUAAGCGUGGUCCUGGAUUCAUCUUCUCUAACAGGUUAAAAUGCACAAGAUUGCAAUGAAGCGCAGCUCUUGGUUUUUAAGUCAGCUUCAAAAACUUCCUGGGUUUUUGCAGUUUUUGGGUUUUACAGUUCCUCAGAGGGACAUAAUUUCAACCAAAGGAGUUCUAUUUUUAUGUCUUUGGAAAUCUCUAAUAUUCAGUGGCAUCUACAAGAGCUGAGCUUUUUCAAGAACUUUAAACUUCUCAAAACCAGUGUGAUUUAUGGCAGUUUUUAGGCAUUGGUAAAUUCUCCUGGUAGUCGCUUGAGGUGGAUUAUUAAACUGAAAACAGAUUUG